UGCUGCCAAGGGGCGGGGGGAUGGGACGCAGUCCCUUGAGAUCACCGGGAGGAUAACAACACCCAACCAGCAACAAGUCCUCCUUCCCUACUGACAGCUCACCCGGGGGUCGCCCUUCUCUUCUCUGCUUCCAGCUCAGGGAUGUACAAUACAACCAGGUGACGGGAAGGAAACAUUUGCUACCAUGAUUGUUUAUUCCAGAAUUUAACUCGAGAAUUUUACAGUCAGAGGCCUCCAUGGAAACGUCACAGAAACCACCCGCUGGUAAGAAAUUAAAGGCCCGUGCCCCUCCUCCACCUCAGCUCAUUCCAGAACAUCACAUGGAGCACACAUCAUCUACUGAGUCUGAUGGCACAGGGAACCAAAGCACAGACGAAUCAAAAGAAAAUGUCUUGCAUCGGAAGGUGGAUAUCACAGUAUGUUUACCAGCUGGACAGGAAAAAAGCAUGAAUGUAGAUGGAAGUAAAGCCGUAAUGGACUUUUUGGUAGAACUGUGCAGCCAACACCACUUGAACCCCGCUCAACACACUCUAGAAGCACGUUCUGGAGCAUCGCAGCAACCGUUUCUUUUAAGGCCAAACACUCUUAUUGGAACUUUGGAUUUACAAACAGUUUUUCUGAAGGAGAAAGUGACAGAAGUGAAAGUCAGAAAACCGGCUCCCAAGAUUCCUGAGAAAACUGUCCGAUUGAUUGUUAACUACCUUUGCACCCAGAAAGCUGUUGUGAGAGUCAAUCCAGCGGUGCCGUUGUGGAACAUUCUUCCAGCUGUGUGCGAAAAGUGUGAAUUUCAUCAUGAAAAUGUCACCCUGUUGAGAGAUGCAAUCAGCAGAGAGGAGCUGGACAUGUCCCAAUCAUUGAAUGACCUGGGCGUUAAAGAGCUGUAUGCCUGGAACAACAAGCAAGAAAAGAAUCGUAAACUUUCCUCAAGUAGUGACACAGCAGAAAGAGAGAAAAGGGGAAUUUUAGGAUUUUUUCGCAGCCACAAAAAAGGAAGCAAGGGCUUUUUAACUGCUCCAAGUUCACCGUCUGUAAAUUCACGUUCUAUUGCCCUGGGCGCAUCAUUGUCACUGGGCAAUAUUUCUGGCAUUGGUUCCGGAACAGAAGUGAAGAAACGUAGAGCACCUCCACCUCCAAAGCCAGCCCCUCCAAAACAUGCUGCUGUAAAAACUCCAAAAGACAAGAUACCAGAGCCGCUUUAUGCCACAGUUCAAAAGGAACAGCAGAAAAAGAAAAGAAGAGCACCACCACCACCACCACCAAAUCCUCAAAUGCCAAAUGAAAAGAAUGAAGAUCUGGAGAAAAGGAAAAGCUCCAUGAGUAAUGGACGGCAGGUUCCACACAAACCCCCAAGAGGAACGUCCAGAAGUCCACCUCAUUUAGUGAUACCCCCACCCCCUCCCUACCCUCCACCUGAUAAUGAUAUUACGGAUCCACCCAUCUAUGAAAAUGGAGCUGCUAUAACAGGAACAACCAAACCUAUACCUGCUAAACGGGGGAAGAUCCUGACGCCCAGUAGUAGCAUCACAUCUGAAGAAGCCUUAACAACUGAUGAUGCUGGAUCUGUAAAUAGCUACACGGAAGAUUCGGGCAUUGUGAGCUCUCCAUCAGAUAGCGUCUCACUAGAUAUGCAGACUGAUAGCUAUAAAAGAAGUGAGAAUACCAACAAUGGGACCUACAAAGCCAAUCCACAACCUGCCAGAGCAGAGUCCUUUAAUAGUGACGACUCAUGGAGCUUAAAUACAAGCUCAACUCGGAUAGAAGAUGAAGUGACAUCAGUCCGAAAUGGGGAUGAAGAUAUUUUCAUCACCACACAGUUCCAAAAGACACUAGCAGAACUUGAUGAAGAUUCAGAAUAUAUGGAUGAUGGCAACCACACUGAAAGCCAUCGUAUCAGUGCUCGAUCAAGUCCAGUGGGAGAAGAAUCCAGUCAGUUUCACGAGGAUAAGGAACAUGGUGCAGCUGUGCCUGUCACCAUUAUAGAUGAGAUUCCUGAAGUUACCACAUACACUUUGAAGCAUAAUGUACAUACCAUUCCACCUGCGCAUGACUUCAAUGUGAUGCAAAAAUCUCCUGCUGUAAGCAACACCACUAAUGAAAGAUUUAUUUCUCAUGGAGAAAAUGUUGCAAGAAAAACUUACACACCCCACAGCAAAGUUCAGUCACCCACCUCUCCAACAGUGAAACCCAAUGGUGGAAGUUUUAAACAGUCUACAGAUAUCUCAAAACAACAUAUAUUUAGUGAGUACAUUUCAAGUACAUCUGACAGACCUAAAAAUGCCAUUGAAAUUCCAUCUUAUAACCCACCUGUAUCAAGUUUCCCCAUAAAAAUGGAAAAUGAAUCAAAGUCAGUUAAGAAUAAAGCUAACCUAUUGCCUGAUAACAGACAAAAUGUAGUAAUCAAAGAAAACCAGGCUCCGCAAAACAAUACUAAUAAAGUAGCAGAAACCACCAAACCAACUCUGUGGCGGCAACAGACAUAUGAACCAAAAGUUGGCAUGACCACAUUUACAGUGGUUCCUCCAAAACCCACUGUUAAAAAAUAUGACAGAGGUGUUUCCCUUACUUCAAGUGCCAUCAAGAUAGAUGAUCAGGGGAAUCUAAUAAGCCCACAGUCAUCUUUUGAUAAGAGUGAUAGUUCCACUAAUGACACAGAAAAUCCUCUUGUAGAAAAACCUCUGGCUGCAAGAGCUAAAGAGUUUUGGAGGUCAAGUUCUAUGGAUGCACAAGGAGGGGAAUCAAAAGAGCACCCUGUUAAAAAGAUUGGAUCUCUCAAGAAUUAUAAGCCAAAUGAAGCUGUAGAGAACAGAGCAAUUUUUUCUUCAUCAAAAGGACAAACACAGCAGAUACCUGUUAAUAAAUUAAAUGAUAGGCAUACUGCAUUGCAGCAGAACAAACCAGUACCAAGAAGUGGUCCCCAGGAAAAUGUGAUUAUUAUUGAAAACACAAUCAUGCCACUUUUAAGACCUAUGUUAAAUGACAAACAACCAAGGCAAACAAUUGAGACUAGUAAAGGUAAAUCUGAUCAAGGCCCUGCCAUCAGUGACAGGAGCUGUGGACCACAACAGACCAAACCAAAUUUGUUAACAACUUCCCAAGAAAAGAUUAUUAUCAUUGAAAAAACAAAUCAAGAAAAGCCAGAACUGCCAUUUUUGAAACCUUCAAAGAGAACAUCAAGCCAAUAUGUGGCAUCUGCUAUAUUCAAGUACACAGAACCUUCAAAUAAAAAAACUCUAGAAGCUACAGAGGUCAAACUUGAUUCAAAUUCCAACAACAGAAGCUCUGCUUUCUUGAUGUCCUCCAUAAAAAACAAUACAAAGGUUACCCUAGAGGAGCCGAAAAAAGAAAUCAAAUCUGCAACUAAACAAGAAACAUGUACAGAAUUAAAUGCAAAUCUUGGCAGCAAAGAUGGUCAGUUGACAAACAAAAUGCAAUCAAUUAACAAAAGCAGCAAUCUUUGGCAAACACCCUCUGAGGCUAAAAAAGAUGAUUUGUUAUCAAGAACACAGCAAUUUAAUGGCCCUGCAAAUGGAAAUAUAACUGUGUUAGAAAAAACUGAAAAGAAUGCUGCAGUUGAGACAUCCCGCAUUCGCCCAAUCUCUAAUGUGCCAUCCAAUGCCUUUUUAAAAGCUGUCCGGGAAAAGUCUAUGAAAAUAGAACAAGAAAAUACAUUUGUACCCACAAAAGCAUUACCAACCACUGUAAAAAUCGUUGAGAAAGAAAAUAAAAGUGAAGUUGAUAGCAUACCUUCUACAGUAAUAGAUGAGCCAGACAGCAAUAAUUUUUUCGGGCCUAAAGCAAAGUUUCGACCUGUGGUCCAAAAACCUGUACAAAAAGAUGGCUCAUUGCAUAGUACUUUAAUGGGAGCAAUUCAGUCUGGUGAAGGAAAAGAGAAGCUGAAAAAAAUACAGAGUUCACCAACAGAUGGAGAGGAAAGGAAGCUUUGUGAGCCAGAGAAUGAAAGAUCUGCGCUACUGUCAGCAAUUCGAGCUCACAAUGGUGACUCAAGGCUUAAAAAGGUAUCCUCUGCUGCAUCUAAUGAACUACAGUCACUAAGAAAAGCAGAAAAUGAAUCCACAGCAACAAAGACAUUAUCCGUCCCUUCUUCACCAGCAAUGCCUCCACCUCCACCACCUGCAUUAGGUUCUGCACCCAAAUCCUCUCUUUCAUCGGUAAUGCCUCCACCUCCACCACCUACAUUAGGUUCUGCUCCCAAAUCUUCUCCGGUCUUUGCAAACAACUCUGUAGAUACAAGGGAAGCCUUAUUGGAUGCUAUCCGCUCUGGCCAAGGGGCUUCAAAACUGAAAAAGGUCUCCGCAUCAGUGCGUACAUUGUAAGACAAAAUAAACGAAGAAAGCACCUCUCCCUAUCUCUUAUACCAGUUCAACGACACACUUGAGAGGUCCAGAACAGCAAGCCUGUCUGAUUGUUUUGUCAUCUGGCCAAAAUUUUUUAAACCUAAUUUUCUUUUUCAAAAUAAUGGUUCAAAAGGGAAAAAAUAAUGUAUGCUGCAUAUGUGCCAAGGAAAAUGUGUUUUGCCUUGAAACGAAUUCAGAUUUUGCCAAUAAAAUAUUCUUGUUGGCAGGUGAGAAUGAGCAGAAAAUGCUAGAAUGUAAAUAAUACACCUUAGCAAAGAACAGCAUAGUUAAUUAAAUGGUUUUGACCUAAUGAUUGUCACUCUCCUACAUUCUAAUGGAGUUAAGGAAAGGAAAUGUGAUUUGUAAAUAUAUUUUAAACUCUGUAUUCUGAGGAUUAAAUUAACACAAGUGAACUAAUAUUCUGA